UCCGCCCCUUUACGCGCAUCGGACACCUUCGGCACAACAAAGCAUGUGCGGCGGCUCCGCAACAUUGUCUCUCCGGUGAGCGUGCGGACUCUCGUGGAUUCUUUUCUCCUCUUUUGUGGGAUUCCUGCGCCGCGUCGCUUCUCCCGUGGCGGCGAACCCGAGAUGGCUACCAUGACAACAGAGGCAAGUGCAGUGAGCGAGGCAGACACAGAGGGCAAGCAGAAGGCCAGCGGCGCCGAGCCCGAAGCCGAACCAGAGAACAAACAGAAGCCAGAGGCUGCGGUGUCUGAGCCGGAGGGGGAGCAGUCAAGCAGCCAGACGGCCCAGGAGCAGGCCUCUGAGCCUGGGCCCGCUGACAUCGCUACCUCCCCUGAGGAGGAGCAGCUGAAGCCCCGUACCCGAACUUCUGCUGGCAAAGGCCUCUCUCGUCUCUUCUCAUCUUUCCUCAAACGCCGCUCUCAGUGCUCCGAGGGAGAGGGCUUUGAGGCAGAGAAAGCCAAGGAGGAGAAGGCAGAUAAAGAGGAACAAGCUGACAAAGCAGAAGAGGAGAAGGUGGAAGAGGUGAAAAGUGAAGAGGAGGAGUCUAAAGUAGAGGUUGAAAAAUCUGAGGUGAAAGAAGUGAAAAAGAAAGAAGAAGAAGAACCAAAAGUACAAAAAGAGGAUAUAAAGAAGGAAGGGGAAAAGGUCGAGAAGAAGGGCAGCAAAAAGAGAAAGAAAGAAGCCAAGAAGAAAGUGGAGGACAAGGAUGAGGAGAAAGUGAAAAAGGAAGAGGAAAAUGUGAAAAAGAAAGAGGAGAAAACAGAGGAGGAGAAAGAGACAGAACAGCCUAGUGUUGAAAAGAAGGAGGAACAGUUAGAGACUAAAGAAGAAGAAAAGAAGCAGACUGCUGAAGUCAAAGACAAGGAGGCGGAAGCCAGUAAAAAAGAGGAGGAAAAAGUUGACAAGAAGGUGUCAAAGAAAAAAGAAAAAGAAGAAAAGGUAAAGAAGAAGGAAGAGGAAAAAGCAAAGAGGAAAGCAGAAGAAGAAGAGAGGGCAAAGAAGCGAGCCAGCUCAAGAGGAACACAAGGAAAAAGCUGUAAUAAAGGAGGAGCCUGA